AUGUCGGUUCAUUCAAAAAUGAUGGAGUUUGCAAUUGAUCCUCAAAAACGAAGGAGGGCGUUCUUAGCUUUUCUAAUAGGGUUAGCCGGAGCAGCUGUCGCUAAACACUUAGUUUUUCCUAAAAAUGUAAAUAAGAGAUAUCAAGAUAUGAGUGUCAACUUAAUUGGACAGCAAAGUCAUAGCCAGAAAUCCACAAAAAAAGGAUUCAAUCCGGAGUUUUUGAAACAGCUCAAAUUUCUUUUGAAAAUAAUGGUUCCCGGACUGUUCACUAAAGAAGCUGGAAUUAUUGGCACACACUCCUUGAUUCUAAUCUGUCGAACCUUUCUAUCAAUUUAUGUAGCUGGCUUAGAAGCCCGAAUAGUUAAGGCAAUUGUUGAAAAAGAUGUUAACAAAUUUGUUUGGCUACUCUCCACUUGGUUAGCCGUUGCCUUACCAGCAACAUUCAUUAACAGUAUGAUUCGAUUCUUCGAAAGUUACUUAGGCUUAGCUUUCCGAUCAAAAUUAACUCAAUAUGCUUACAAACAAUACUUUUCUGACCAAACAUACUACGCUGUCUCCAACUUAGACAGUCGCUUACAAAAUGCUGACCAAUGUCUCACAGAAGACAUAACAAUGUUUUCUCAAAGUGUUGCCCAUCUAUACUCACAUUUAACAAAACCUGUACUUGAUAUUCUGCUAAUCUCAAUCACAUUGAUAACUUUGGCUCAUAGACGUGGAGCCGGAACAAAAGUUAUUAUCCCAAUGGUGUUGGCUUUCAUCACAGUCUCAGGUACAGCUAGAAUUCUCAAGGCUGUGUCACCAAGAUUUGGAGUGAUGGUAGCAGAAGAAGCAAAACGUAAAGGAUUUCUUCGCUAUCUCCAUUCCCGAAUAAUCACCAAUUCAGAGGAGAUUGCCUUUUAUGGUGGCCAUGAAGCAGAGUAUCAACAAUUAACAAAAGCUUACGAUGAUCUAAAAGACCAAACGACAACCAUUUUCUCAAAAAGAAUUAUUUACAUUAUGAUCGAGCAAUUCUUAAUGAAAUAUGUUUGGUCUGGAACUGGGAUGACAAUGAUUGCUCUGCCCAUUAUAUCAGCAGAAUAUUCUAAUAAUGAAAAAAAUCGAUUAUUGGAUGACGAGCCUGAUGGAGGGGUAUCUGAACGUACUCGUGGAUUUACUCAAGCUAAGCAGCUUUUAUAUUCGUCUGCAGAUGCUGCUGAACGAUUGAUGACAUCAUUUAAAGAAGUUACUGAAUUAGCCGGCUAUACGUCAAGAGUUUAUGAAAUGUUCAAAGUGUUCGAUGAUGCCAAAAAAGGAUUAUAUAAGCGGACCCUCUUGACUGAGUCUGAUUCUCGUGGUGGAGCCAGAGGCGAAAAAUUCGAUACAACUCAUAUAAGAGGUAUCGUCGAAGACUCAGCAGACGAUUGUAUAAGAUUAAUGGAAGUUCCAAUUGUUACUCCCAAUGGUGACGUUGUGGUUCGAAAAAUGUCAAUUUCUAUUACUCCUGAUAUGCAUGUGCUAAUAACGGGUCCAAAUGGAUGUGGAAAGAGUUCUUUAUUCCGUAUUCUUGGCGGUCUUUGGCCAGUAUAUGAAGGACAUUUGGAGAAGCCAAAAUCAAACAGAAUGUAUUAUAUUCCUCAGCGCCCUUACAUGACAUUAGGAACAUUACGAGAUCAAGUCAUUUACCCAGAUACGGUAGAACAAAUGAGACAGAAAGGCUUUACUGAUGCUGAUCUCAAGAAAAUUCUGUUGACUGUACAUCUGGCACACAUUGAACAACGUGAAGGAGGCUGGAAUUCUCGCAAUGAUUGGAUGGACGUAUUGUCUGGGGGAGAAAAGCAAAGAAUGGGAUUAGCUCGCGUGUUUUAUCACAAGCCACAAUACGCUUUACUUGACGAAUGUACUUCUGCCGUUUCGAUUGAUGUAGAAGGCAACAUUUAUCAAGCCAUUAAAAAUGCUGGAAUCACUCUGUUUACAGUUACACAUCGACCGAGCUUGUGGAAAUUCCAUACUCAUCUCCUUCAAUAUGAUGGGGAAGGCGGCUAUAAGUUGUCUAAUUUGGCUGAAGCUAGUGGAGAUAUCAUGUCGUUAGCGGAUGAAAAGAGACAGUUGGAAGAUAAACUAAAAGAAUCUGACAAAUGGCAGAAACGAUUGAAAGAGCUUCAAGAGAUUCUCGGAGAUGGGAGUGAUAAUGUUGUGGAUUCUGAUUAA